GGACCUCGACCACUUCCAAACCUUAAACAUCCUGUGUUCUCUCGACCAUCUUCCAAACAAACCCACAAUUGGCAGAACUCUUCUUUUCCACUCAACCAACACCAACAUCACAUCAUGGAUUUCCUCAACAAGGUCGCCAACCAGGCCACCGGCAAGCAGGGCGACAAGCCCCAGGAACAGCAGUCUAGCUCCGGCGGUGGCUUUAUGGAUAAGCUGAACGGCCUGGCCGGCGGCGGCGCGGCGGGCGAGAAGAAGGAGGACGCCCUUGACAAGGGCAUCGACUGGAUGCAGGAGAAGGUCUUCAAGCAGGGCGCCCAGAACAACGAGAGCGCCGCCGAACAGGCCAAGGACCGCAUGAUCGCCCAGCAAAUCCGCGACCAGUACAAGAAGGCCACGGGCAAGGACUUCCCCAUCAAGGAGGAGGAGAAGAAGCAGGCCGAGAAGAACGGGUUUGGCGGUCUGUUUUAGGUAGUCGCUGUCUCGAAAUAAAUCAUGAAAUUACGAGUGUGCUUCUGGCAUCUGACUACCUGUCUACCCUAAUUCGAUCCCGCCUAAACUCGCUAACUAGCUGAUGUA